UGUGUGUUUAGUCUGUUUUUACUUAAUAUUUAGCAAAUGGGCUUGAAAUCUAGGGAUAUGGCAAUUAAUCAAGCUAUUAAUAAACUCUGUGCCUCUAGGCAAGUAUAAAAUGGCUGGAGUGUGGUCUAUCCUCACUGUGAAAUGGAAAAUUGAGGCUGGCUGGGCUCUGGGAUGCUCUCUGCUGAGGUUUCUGUGACUAUGAUUUUUUUUUGUCCUCUGACUUUUCCACUUAUUUCCAGACUUUGGGAAAAGGGGACAACGUGUCUUGACUAGGCUAGAUAACCAGUUACUUGCAGUUGGGGCAAGGUCUUUCCAGGAAAAUUUGAGGACAGAAAAUGAAAAGAAUAGAUUCUUCUUCCACCCCCACAAUGAAGUCUCAGCUGCAUGCUCUUCCUUGUCUUCCAAGGCAGCAGAGAAGGCAGGAAUGUCUACAGCACAAGCCCAAUACUUUCUGGAGAAGAUCACCACAGAACUGGUGAAGAACAAGCUCAGGGAGACCACUGAGGCAGCCUGCAAAUACGGGGCCUUUGGGCUGCCCACCACUGUUGCCCACGUGGAUGGUAAAAUCUACAUGCUAUUUGGGUCUGACCGCAUGGAGUUGCUAGCUUACCUGCUAGGAGAGAAGUGGAUGGGCCCUGCGCCCCCAACCCUGAAUGCCAGACUUUAAGAUUGCCUUAGAAAGUAACCUUUGAUUUCUCCAUCUGAUGAAGCUGUUGUCUGUGGCCCUUGGAACUGGAGCAGGAGUCCACCUUUAGCUGUGGCUACCUUUACUUCUAUGCCUCACAAGUGCCCUUUGAAAAGCCUUAAGUUCUUCAUAUCCAUAAAAAUAAACCUGAUGCUGCUAAACAAGUCA